AUGGUAAACCUCGGCCUAACACGCGUCGCAGCUCUGCUCAAGCAGACACCACAGACAUGGAAAGCGAUCCACGUCGCCGGGACAAACGGCAAGGGUUCUAUCUGUGCGUACCUGAUCGCGAUGCUCCGCGCCAAUCAGAUAUCCUGCGGUCGAUUUACCUCGCCCCAUCUCGUCGAGCCGCGGGACUGCAUCACCAUCAACGACGAUAUCGUGUCGGAGAGCACGUUCCGCCACUUCGAGGGCUUGGUCAAGCGGAGGAACGAGGAGCAGAAGCUCAGCGCUAGCGAGUUCGAGCUGCUCACGGCCACGGCCUUCGAGAUUUUCGAGUCCGAGAAGGUCGAGGUCGGCAUCAUCGAGGUAGGGCUAGGCGGGGCGCUCGACGCGACGAACGUGCUGAAGCACAAGAGCGUCACGGUCAUCUCCAAGAUCGGCCUCGACCACCAAUCGUUUCUGGGCAGCAGCAUCGAAGAAAUCGCCCUCCAGAAGGCCGGCAUCAUGCGAAAGAGCGUGCCCUGUGUCGUGGACGGCACUAACCCGAAAUCCGUGUUGGACGUGCUGCGGAAACACGCCAGCGAUACAGGCAGCAGCACCCAUUUCACCGAUUUCGAAUCGGAUCCACUCGGGCAGAGGCUGCGGGACGGGUUUGAACCGCACCAGCGCCAGAACCUCGCGUGUUCCCACGAAGCCUUUCGUAUCGCCUAUCCGCAGCAUGCCGCGUCCGUCGACGUCCUCGUUUCAGCGGCCCGGGGCGUGACGUGGCCGGGACGGCUCCAAUGGCUAAGCAUCGAAAGUAUCACCGGUAGGAAAGCGAACGUGUUAUUAGACGGGGCCCACAACCCUCAAUCGGCCGAAGUGCUCUCGAGCUUCGUGGCAAAGCACUUGCGAGCUCGCGAUAAGCCAGUCACCUGGGUGCUUGCCGCUACCCAGGGGAAGGACGUGUCAGAAAUGUUCAAGCUGCUUCUGCGUGACGGCGACUCCGCAGGGGCUGUGGAGUUUGGCCCGGUCGACCAGAUGCCUUGGGUCAAGCCGACGGAUUCGGCAACUGUACUGGAUACCAUACGCGAGAGCGGCGUUGUGAUUUCUUCGCAGUUCAACGGGUCUACAGAUAUACGCUCAGCCCUCAGCUGGGCAAGCACAGUCGCCGACGAAGGCCCUCUCGUUAUUGCGGGGAGCCUGUAUCUGUGCCACCGGAUGUCGAGUUCACAGCCUAGGAACUUGAUCGUCGUAUGCUGCCACGGCAUCUGGCUCGGCGGGCCUACGUGCGGCCUCGACGAAGACGAGUGGCUCAUCGCCGGGUUCCAGAAGGGCGAGACGCCGACUUUCAUAGAGCAUAUCAAGGCCGGACUGCACGCGCUGUCGAGCGAUUCAGAUUCCGUUCUCAUGUUUUCCGGUGGGCCCACGAGGAAAGAAACUCGUCUAUCCGAGGCGCUUAGCUACGCCAAUCUCGCCGGCGCCAACGCCUACUUCGGGAUUCUUCCCGAGGCCGAAGCUUUAGAGAGGACCUCUUGCGAGGAGCGGGCCUUGGAUUCCUACUUUAAUGUGUUAUUCUCGCUGUCUAAAUUCUGGAGCGACUACAGGACCUGGCCCCGGAAGCUGACCAUAGUCAGCCACGCCUUCAAGCGCGAGCGCCUUACCGAGUGCCACUGCGGUGCCAUUGGGUUCCCCUUAGACCGCGUCGAAUUCAUCGGCGUGGAUCCACCCGGUAUGCUCGACGGGACCAACGAGGCCGCCAUCAGGGGUAUUGUCGAGGCCAUCUCCCACUGGAGAGCGGAUCCUCACGGCAAAGGCGAGCUUCUGGCGGAGAAGCGAAGGAAGAGAAAUCCGUGGCAGGUCUCUCAGAAACUCUUCGCUGACGAACGGGAUCGUAUUCGGAGCGGUGUGAAGUCAAGCAUUACCGAAUCGGGCGAGGAUUGUCUCCUCGAGGGGCCUCCACAGCCGUGGGCAUAUUAG